AUGCUUCGGCGCUCCAUGCGGCGGCGCAUGAUGCACCUGCACCCAUCCCCUACACCGAACCCGCUCUGCCUCACCUUCCACAUUCCCUCCUCGACGUACGAGAGUUUUAUCCCAAACGGUCAGACCUGCGAGGUGGCGCACCGUGGGCUGGGCUGGGUGCACCCCCUAAGCUCUGGAAUCUUUGAACAAUACGGGCAAGAAGUGGCGAGUGUGUUCAUUGCACCACGGCAGGUUUCCAUCACGGUUUAUCCAACUGUGGAAUGGUCGAAGCUGGAGUGGAGCUUAAGCUCCUUCAUUGGCCACUACUUGGUGUUCGUCAACGAAUGCGUGCCCGCCGCAAAAGAGUACACGCUCUUGGAGGACGAUCUUGAGAUUCGUGAGGGCGAUUCAGAGGUGCUACAGUGCAUCAAGGAGCUCUUGCGGGAACAGGUUCGCCCCAUGCUGCAGCAGGACGGCGGCGAUGUGAAGCUGUUGAAUUAUAAUGAGAAAACCGGGGUUGUCUCACUCGCCAUGCUUGGGGCCUGCCGCAACUGCCCCUCCUCCGGCGAUACUCUCAAGGACGGCAUUGAGCGAGUCAUGAAGCAUUUUCUGCCUGAGGUGACGGAGGUGGUGGAGGACAAGGGCCAUGCGUUCUACGAGGAGUAUGAAUUGCUGUUUCCUUCCGAGCAGGCGCUUCGACAGGAGGCGGCUCGACUAGACGCGGAGCGCCGCCGGAGGAUUCCCACGAAGUCGACGGCAUCGCUAAUGUCGUUUGACGCCCUUCACGAGCCGGACGGCGACGAGUGA